AUGUCUACUACACCAAUACCAGUCCCAGAACAGCAACAACCACCACCCAUUGCAGAGACAACCCAACAAGCCUACACAGCUCAUUCGGGUCACGGGUCAGUUGGACCUGUCAUUGCAGUUCUCGCAGUGAUAACCAUUUUGGUUCUCGCAGUGAUAACCAUUUUGGGUGCAAUAGCUAUUGUGAUCGGUAGGCUUUGUUCUGGUAGAAGAAUCAUGGGUCGUGGACGGUACGACUUCGAAGGAUGGGUUGAGACCAAAUUCUCUUCUUGUCUCGAUGGUCGAGUCGACCCUCCACCGCCGCGUGCGGCUGCGGAGAACAGUUUCAGUGGUGGUGGUGGCUUCGGCGACGCCGUUCCGGCUGCGGAGAACAGAGUCAGUAGUGGCUCCGGCAACGCCGUUCCGGCUGAGACACCUCAACAAGCCAAGGAGGAAGAGAUGAUAUCUGAUCGACGAAACCCACACGAGACAGCUCAGUCUUCAUGA